AUGGCAUUGCUGGCUUUAGUUCUCUCUUACCCGGUGUACAUUGGCCUAGUGUGUGCGCUGAUUGUUUUAGUUUCCUGUUUCGCAACGGGCUCUGGAAAAUCGGCGUUUAAAUUGCCACCUGGUCCCAAGCCUCUUCCUAUCAUUGGCAACCUGCAUUUGCUGGAUAUUAAGCGGCAAGACAAAUCCUUAAUGAAGUUCGCCAAGGAAUAUGGGCCCGUGUUCACCCUCCAUUUUGGAUUCCAGAAAGCCGUAGUCCUGACUGGUUAUGAAGCAGUGAGGGAUGCCCUGGUCAACUUCACAGAGGAGUUUGUGGACAGGCCGCCAAUCCCCAUCUUCGAAGAGAUUCAGCACGGCAACGGUGUUUUCUUUUCUACGGGAGAGCUGUGGAGGACAACCCGAAGGUUCACGGUGGCCAGCAUGCGCAAUCUUGGAAUGGGGAAGAAAUGCCUUGAGGAACAAAUUAAUGAAGAAAUCGGUUUCCUUAUAGAGAGCAUUAAAGCUUUUGAAGGUGAACCCUUUCGGCUCAGGACCUUCAACACCGCACCCACCAACAUCACUUUUGCCAUGUUGUUUGGAGAGAGGUUCGACUACAAGGAUCCGGUCUUCCUCACACUGUUAAAACUGAUCGACGAAGUGAUGUGCCUUCUGGGAUCACCCCUCCUGCACCUAUUCAACUUCUACCCCUUCCUGGGUUUUUUUUUCAACGACCACAAACGUUUACUCCAAAAAGUCGAAGAGGUCCGCGUCAUUAUCCGGGGUUACAUCAGGACGAGCAAGGGGGACGCCCACGCCACCGGCCUCCGGAGUUACACAGAUGCCUUAGUCUUCAAGCAGCAAGAGGACGCCAGCAAGAAAGAGAACCUUUUCCACGACGACAACCUGAUUGCGUCCAUCCUGGACCUAGUCAUGGCGGGCACGGAAACCACGGCGACGACCUUGCAAUGGGCCAUCCUGCUCAUGAUGAAGCAUCCCUCCAUCCAAGAGAAGGUCCAAGAGGAAAUUGGGCGCGUGGUGGACCCAGGCGGCUGGGCCUCCUUUGAAGACCGGAAGAAACUGCCUUACACCAACGCAGUAAUCCACGAGAUCCAGAGGUUUAUCACGCUGCUCCCCCACGUGCCACGCUGCACAGCAGUGGACACCCACUUCAGGGGCUACUUCAUCCCAAAGGGGACGACGGUGAUCCCAUCCCUCACCUCCGUGCUCCUCGAUCCCAGUCACUGGGAGACCCCCCACGAGUUCAACCCCGGCCACUUCCUCGAUCCCGAAGGACAGUUUGUCAAGAGGGAAGCCUUCGUGCCAUACUCCCUGGGGCGCCGGAACUGCAUGGGCGAGAGCCUGGCCAAGAUGGAACUCUUCCUCUUCUUUGCAGGCCUGCUGCAGAAAUUCACUUUCCGCCCCCCGCCCGGCAUCGCCGCCUCCGACAUAGACUUGAGCGUCCCCAAGACGACCUUCACUCUGAGGCCGCAGCCGCAGCUCACCUGCGCCGUCCCCCGGGAGUGA